AUGUUCGAUCAUUCAGUUCUGACUGAGAAGGUCCAGCAAAAAUGGCGAUUUAUGCUCAUCCUUGUUACUCUCUCGGUCUUGACUUUCAUCUCGGGCAUCGAUGCAACCAUCAUUACAAGUUCACUUCCGACUAUUACGCAAGAAAUUGGGGCUGCUGGCGACUAUACGUGGGUCGCUCAGUCAUACCUGUUCGCCUGCACGAUUCCUCAGCCACUCUAUGGUCAGCUCGCCAACAUCUUCGGGCGGUCCAUACCUCUUCUCAUCUUUAUUAGGCUCUUUGCUCUUGGCAGUGGCAUCGCAGGCGGUGCACACAACCUGGCUACACUCGAUCGGGGGGGGGGGGGGGGGGGGGGGGGGGCCGAUAAUCCAAGGUUUAGGGACCAGUGGAAUCAACGUCCUCCCAGAAAUCAUCAUUUGCGACCUAAUACCGCCCAACGAUCGUGGGGAAAUACUUGA